GGCGACAGCCAAUGACGUUGUGAGUCUCCCGCCGGGAGGCGCAGCCACCAAUGGGAGCGGCGCGGGCGCGGACCGGCUGGCCCCGCCUCCCUACUUAAGGCGGCCGGUGGCCGAGGGUCGCUCAGUGGUGGGAGGAGGGGGGGGCGGGGGCAGAGGCACCGCCAACGCCAACGCGCGCGAGCAUUGGCGCGCUGCGACCCGCGCACGUGCCCGCCCCGCAGCACGGCGCGAGGGGAAGGCGGAGGCGGGGCCGGGGGCAGCGCGCGCCGCGGGAGGGGCGGUGGCACCUGCGGGGCGGCCGCGGAGCGGCCACCGGCGAGCGGCGGCCGAGGGCGCGGAGCGGCGAGCGGACACUCCGUGCAGCCCGCCCGGCGUGCCCGCGGGCAUGGAGCAGGACAAGUACCUGCCCCAGCUGAUGGCCGAGAAGGACAGCCUGGAUCCCUGCUUUGUUCAUGCCAUGCGCCUCCUGGAAGACGAAAUGGAAAAAUUUCAGGGUUCUGAAGGCAAGAAGGAAGAUGAAGAAAAGAAAUAUCUUGAUGUUAUCAGCAACAAAAACAUAAAGCUGUCAGAGAGAGUUCUGAUACCUGUCAAACAAUAUCCAAAGUUCAAUUUUGUUGGGAAAUUGCUUGGACCAAGAGGAAACUCUUUAAAGAGGUUACAAGAAGAAACAGGUGCAAAAAUGUCCAUCCUGGGAAAAGGAUCCAUGAGGGAUAAAGCUAAGGAGGAAGAACUAAGGAAAAGUGGAGAAGCCAAAUACGCGCACUUGAGUGAUGAGCUCCACGUAUUAAUUGAAGUUUUUGCUCCGCCUGGGGAGGCGUAUUCUCGUAUGAGUCAUGCCUUGGAAGAAAUAAAAAAAUUCCUGGUUCCUGAUUAUAAUGAUGAAAUUCGCCAGGAGCAGCUGAGAGAACUGUCAUAUUUGAAUGGUUCUGAGGACUCAUCACGUGGACGGGGCAUUCGAGGAAGAGGGAUCCGUGUGCCACCUGCGGCUCCUUCAAGGGGUCGUGGGGGUGCAAUUCCUCCACCCCUGCCUGGACGAGGUGCCCAAGCACCCAGAGGAGCGCCAGUGACCCGUGGAGCCCUCCCUGUGCCACCAGUGGCAAGGGGCGUUCCCACCCCUCGAGCCAGGGGCGCCCCGUCUGUCCCGGGUUACAGACCACCCCCGCCACCUGCACACGAGGCCUACGAGGACUAUGGAUACGAUGAUGGGUAUGGGGGUGAAUAUGAUGAUCCAAGCUAUGAGGCAUAUGAUAACAGUUAUGCUACCCAAACACAAAGUGUGCCUGAAUAUUAUGACUACGGUCAUGGAACAAGUGAAGAGGCUUAUGACAGCUACGCACAAGAAGAAUGGGCCACAACCCGUUCCAGCCUAAAGGCACCACCUCCAAGGUCAGCCAGAGGGGGUUACAGGGAACACCCCUAUGGUAGAUAUUGAAGGUCCUCCUCAUCUGUGACCUCAUCUCAAAGACAAUUAAUAGCCUGUGGUCUCCACAUAAACAGCAACAAGACAAGGACUCACAGGCACUGGACAGCUAAGCAGCAGAUCUGCUGAGAAGUGGUCAGGAUGCAUUAGCUCAUGAUGGAUGGCUUCCUCACAGAAAAACAGUGAAUACCUUUGUUACAUGCCCUUGCAUUACAGGACCUUCACACUGUGUUACCACCAAGUCAGAGAUUUUUGGAGCCUUAGGGAAGUACUGUACCUUUUGAAUGGUGUUCAGGGAACUGAGAGUGCUCAACAUCAUUUGCAAUAAAUCACUCUGUUCUGAAGGACUGAGCCUCAGGUUGGGACUCUCCACAGCCCUGAGUUCUGGACCUCAGGCUACCACUCAGACUUAAAGUGAUCUUCCAGUCUAUCAGGUGAGCUGUGGUAUUUUUCUAUAUAUUUUUAGUUUAUUUCAAAUAUGAUGUAAUUAGAUCACCUCAGUCUGCAAAAAAUAGGAUUAUUUUAAACUAGUUCUCAUUACAUUUGCCAUUGGAAAAGCGCUCAUACAGAGAUACCUGUGGUGCAUGUGACUUUGAGACAGGAUAAUGCAUCUAAGUUCUUACACUCUGUUUCAGUCAUAGAGAAAUAUAAUCUUUAAUAAUCUUUCUCACAGAAGUAAACUAUAUUUGCACAGUAUGUUGAACAUACAAAUACUUUUUAAAAAAGCAAAAUAUUUGAAGAAAUCAUCUCCACUUGUUAUGAGUUAGCUCAUUGAGAAGGUCAUGUUAAAACCAGAUUUUGCAGAUUCUGGGUUUUUUUGAUCUGUUCUCCACUUGUUCAUCUAUGAAAAUAUUGAUAUCUUCACUGCACUACUGUGAACAUACAUUUAUUAAUGUUUAUAGGGUUCAUUUACUGUAACACUGUUGCAACAAACUAUGGACGAUGAAAAUCUGUAAGACAUUAAAUAAAUCUACACCAGCAACUAUUUGGAUGAAAAAGAAUAAACAAAAAAGAGUCAGACCACUAGAGUGUAAGACAGAUACAAAUAUUUAAUUCGGACUUCUAUCCAGAAUGAGUUAGGUCUUGUGGAGAGAAGGGUAGGAAGGCAUCCUGUAAUUAAAGUCUAUGUCCUCCUGUAUAUACUAAAGAAAAUCAUCUAAUUAUAUUGGAAAUUAUAAAUCUAGCAUUUCCUAAAUCUUCCAUACUAAAUACUGCAUUGUAUUUUUCUAACAUAAGUUUAUAUAGAGACAUAAUGUCAUACAAAAAUACAAUUAUUGCAUUUAGUUAUUAGAAAUGAGCUUGUUUCUUCAGCAGCUUGUGAAACAAAAGACCGUUGUCAGCCUUUGUUCAUGGUAGAGAGUGACAUCUAGAAGGUUUCAGCUGACUAACAAAAUUUAUAUCAAUAGCUAAUGUGGAGUUACACUGCAGCUGUACACACCUUCACUUCCUAUACCUGAGGCACAUCCACAAUCCUUUCCUUGCUCCUCCUGACUGCAUACCAGAAAACAGACCUGAAGCUUAGUCUGCACUGCAGAGCAGCAUGAAACCCUCAUGUAGAACCCAAAUCCCUGUCAUCAUGUGUUCUGAAAGUGGUGACACUUUUUUUUGCCCACACUAUUUUUGGAUUUGCUCUUGCAAAUGGUGAUAUUUUAAACUAUGCCCUGCUUUAGAUGUAGAUUUUUGUCUGCAGAGAAAGAGCUAAAAGAAUGCAGCCAGAAGCUAUUCAAGCCUAACAUGAUUCUAGACUGAGGAAAAAAAAAUCAGUGUAUUUUUCAAGAUUCCUUCUCCUAGCUAGAGCUGGAAAUAAACCCUAGGUGACAGUAUUCACACUCCAGUUUUAAGUAGGCUGUGAGUGAGAUAAGAAACAGGUGGGAAUAUGCAGGUUUCUUAAGGGUUUACUUAGAUUACAGUUAAAUCUGUUAACACUUUGUAAAUAGUAAUCUAGGGCUCUUAGAAAUGUUUUUAUUUAUUAUUAUUAUUUGUGCUUUGCACAUGGCAAAUGGACCAAGAAGGGGGAAGCUGUUUGCUCUCUAUCACACAGAAUGCUGUUCAUCAGAACUAAAAUACCUUUACUUAGAGCCCAAACUCCUAACAAUUGGACUAAGUUUCCUAAGAUGGCUUCCAAUUAAGACUUGUGUUCUUGUUAGUAUUCUCGGAAACUUGAGAGUAGUGAUUCUUUUUCAGUUGGUAACUACAGGUUUAAAUAAGUGAUAAAGUGUUCCAGAAGUUGGGAGACCCUGCUAGGUUUCUAGAAGUUUAACAAAAAUCUACAGAGGAAGAAAGGGAAGUCUUGAUUUUCCUGAGCAAGUUCCUGAGCAAGCCAGGACUUCAUAGCAAAAUACCAAGGUUCGUCUGAUUCCAUGACUUCCUUGCCUUUUCUGAUUUUCUUGUUUUUCAGCUGUAUAUGUGUAUACGUGCCUGUGUGUGUGUGUAUAUAUGUGUGUAUAUAUAUGCACAUAUACUCAAUUCUGGUCCAAAGGACAAUUUAGCCCCUUUUCAGGUAUGUGUCAAAAAAACCAAAUGGCAUGAAACUCCUUCCACUGUUUAUAAAAUGUGACUAAAUACCUAGUGUAGACUAUGUAGCUGUCUUUUAGGUAACUGAGAUUGGGUGAAGUUAAUCGCAACCUUAAUAAUUAAACUUCUAAGGGACAAAAGUUUUAAAUUACAGUUGGGGGAGCUACUUUCAUUAAAAGCUACAGAUUGUGUGUAUCAUGUCAUAUCAUAUAAUUAAUCAAAUUGUGUUAAAACUGAAAGAACACAAGGCUUGACACAUAUGCUAGUCUUUGGAGUUUGAGAUAAGCCUGUUCUCUGCCCAGUGCUCUGUUGCGUAGCAAGAGGUUGAAAAGUGGGCAUAAAGAAGCACAGCCCAAUGCACGAGAGCUUUGCACAGACCAUUCAAGGCUUCACUUUGAGCUCCCCGUGUGCAGCAUUCACCUCAUGGAAACUGUCCUAUGGAGUUUCCUAGAAGUGGGUUUUCUGUACUUCUGUAACCUUUGCUAAUUCUUUCCUCCACUGGUUUUGUUGUUGAAUUGUUUGUUUACUAAAAUGUUUGUUUAGGAGAAGGCACUUCUGUUGAUAACCUUCACAAUUUCAAAAGGUAGACCAGACACUUCCAUCUGUAUUUGAGCAUUGAAGACAUACUUUUGUUUUCAGAAGCACUGACAGCCUUCAGGUUUCACUAGCCUUAACUUCAGGUUCUCAAAAAUCAGGAGUUGUCACUGGCAUGCAAGAUCUACACGUCCUGACCCAAAACAUAUUUUUUGUACUUCUCGUCUUGCAUCUUUAUACAGAUGGAUAAAGAUAUAUAAAGACAUAUCAUUAUACUGUGGAAAUUAAUGUAUUAUAGAUUUUGAGACAGCCAGCUGGUAUGAAUGAAAGCCAGAGAAGUACUGAAGAUGCAUAUAUUACACUAAUGUUUUACUAAUAUCUGGAAUUGCAGCUGAAGUGAACCUCCUUUAUUUUCCUAAAAGCAUCCCUAAAGACUGGAUAUGUUGCUGUACUCUUACACUAUAGUGAGGAUCUCCAAAAUCAGUACUCUGAGUAAUUGUGUACAACUCCAAGAAUUGAUACCUGUAAGGAAGUUCCAGUGUCAGACAGACAAAGAAAGUAAGAUAUAAAAAAAGGUAAGCAAUUCUGUUCACAUCAGUGGGUCUUAUCAUAGUUGUAUAGGUUGUAAGAUUUGUCUCUGAAGUCAUACUAUGCUAAUAUGAGAGUACAGAAGACAAUUUAAUAAAUGGGCUACAUCAAGUCAGUUCAUUGGUGUUCUGUGGAGUGUAGUCUGUGUACCAAUAAAAAUCUCCAUGAUUUUUAUUAAUUCCACUAAAGUAGCACGCCACCUCCAAAUAUUUAUAGAGAUCAAGCAGACUCACUUCAGGACAAGCCCUUCAUACAUACCAGAGGUACCAUUUCCUGAAAUGUAAACAGUUGGCAUCUGCUGAACCCUAAUCCCUAAAUCAGAAACAUAAAUAUUUGGAUUAACAAAAAAUGGAAAGCCUUACUCUUUGUUGUUGACCUCCUAGUACAUAUUUUUUCACUUUCAAUGUUACACACAUGACUAGUAUUCUUUAUCCAGGACUGGAAAUGGAGUGACUUUUUGGCGCAGUGACUUUUUGGCAUAGUGACCACAAAGGACUUCAGAAGAUUUGAAAUCAAGCCUUCAGUUCAAUGUUAUACAUGUGAUGCAGCUGUGUGAUGAUGCACAUGUGAUGAGGCAAGUAAGAUUUCAUACUCUUAAGAAUCAGAGAAAUAAAAGGAUAUUUAUUUUACCCCUUUAAAAGAGUAUAUGGAUCUGAUACCAGAAAAAGUUGAGGAAAUAUAAAACAUAAGCUUAUAAUUUGGUUUUUCUACACAGAGAGUUUUAGCACCCCACUGCACCAGAGACAAAGUGUUUAAUAACUGUUAAGCGUUUUAGCACAGACCUGGAAUUGCUGUCUGUCAUAUUUGCAGUGCAUAUAUAUGUAAUACAGAAUGGAGAUAUACAGAAUGGAGAUAUACAGAAUAUUCCAUUGUACAAACUAAAGCUAUAACACUGAGCAAACUGCUUAAACCAUAGUGCUUAGGGAAUGAAAUCUGAAAUUCUUUUCCAGAGUAGUUUAUUUUUGGACAGUGUUUUUUUUCCGGAAGAGAUUAAAUACAGAGCUGCUGGAAAGCACUGAGAAGUUGGGAAAGAAUGAGAAUGAGGAUGUAGGUGUUGGUGCUGAGGACCCAGGGCACAAGCAGUGAUCUUGGAAGUUCUGCCUCUUCUGUUUUGUGCUGUGGUUUUAGGCUGUACAGAUCCCAGUUGGACAAUCCAUAAUUAAGUUGGGGUUUAAGGGCUUUCAGUCUUCCUCUUCUCAAGUCACGCUCCAGCCACGGCUCCCAGCCUCAUGCCAGGGGCUCCAAAAGUUGGAGCUUCUCCAGGACAACAGCAGGAGAUUAGGGAACUAAGUGCUCCAGGUCAACCUGCCUAGUGAGGGGGGGGUCCUGCAGCCUCUGCUCCUAAAGGUAGUGGAUUGGGAACUGCAAAUUGGAGCUGUCAGUGAUGUCCCUGAACCAGCACUUCUUCAGAGCCUGAGGUGCUCACCAGGUGUUGCCUUUGGCAAGAUGACAGGGAAACAGUCAUAUUUCCUCUGAAUUCUGCCUCACUUUACACACAGUCGUGACAGGUAUUCAGUGUACACUCAAAUUUUUUUGGAUUGCACAUAUCUAUUUGACUGGGAAGCAAAUUAUAAGUAAGUUUCAGAGAAGACUGGAAUUGUCCACAUGAAAAUGUUUGAUGCUUUGAAAUGGCUACGAAACAAUAAAAAAUAAAAUCAGUAAAACACACCUACGUGAAAUUUCAAUUGUUUUAGUAAGUUCUUUUCAUGGUCUAUUUUCAUGUUCUUCAUUUCUGGAAAAAAUGUAUUUCAUUAUACUCUGCAAGAAUAGAGAAAGUCUUUCAGAUUUGUUGUCAGGUUACAUAUUAAAUUUUAGGUCUGUGCAUUAGAAUUUUCAUACAACUCCAAAAUUAUCAAAAUAAUUACUUCUUGUCUAUGCAAAUAUGCAGGGUUAGCUUUCAUUCCUACCCUGUCAUAAGAAAUCCAAAAUUCUAGGCAGUAUAAAAAAUGUGCCUUGAAUCCUAUUGUCAAUAUUCGCCUAUUUACCUUCUUACAACAGAAUGUAAUUUUGACAGACAACCCUUUAACCCUGGGGUAAAGGAAAGUAGCUCUUGCCAUGUUGAAUAAUGAGCUGUGUAAAUUUCAGCUGAUGGGGAUCUAUUCUGUGCCUCCAACAGGACAAAAAGCUAUUUCUAGUGGUUGUGACUUUUAAUAUCAAUAAUUUUAAAUAACCCAUAAACUGACAUAAUUCAGGGGAAAUCUUACUUUUUCUUUACCUUUACUCUUGCCAAAAAGGUCUUAGAAAACAAUAUGAAAUCAUAUUGUAUUAUGGCCAUCACCUUGACACUAGAAUUUACAUAAUACAGUGCAUUUGUAUUUAUAGUUUGUACAGUAGGACAUUUGGCCCUUGCUUUUAUUAUUCUACUGUCAUAUAAUUCAUAUCUUUCCAGAUUUUGUCACCGAGUUACUUACUCACCUGAGCAAGAUCAAAAAAGUAAGGCCUGAACCUCUUUCAUUGUUGACAUGAAAUGAAUAUAGGAGUUGAGAAUGCUGCUCUGGCUGUGGGUGUCUGUGUCUGCACAUACCCAUAUGCCAUCCUGGACUGUGACAGGCAAGCAGGACACAAACGUGGAUGAAAAAAAUACCUUUGAUUUCUGAUCUGGGAGAUUGUCUGUAACAGCCACAAUACUGGCAUAGAGCAUCUCAAACCUUGGAUCAUCUCAAAACUUGGAAACUAGUCUCUAUUUCAGAAUGUUAUUUGUACUUCUUGCAAGGCAAAAAAGAGUUCUUCCUAAUUUCACAAAAUGCAAAGUAUGGCCAAUCACAGCCACCAUUAGUAGGAUCUCUUCGGGUUCUUACCUUUGUUGUUGUUGUUUGAAUUUUUAUUUGUGAAUAUUAAAGCCACAUUUUUUGUGAAAAACUUAUGAAUAAUAUUUGUAGAAUUGCAAGUGUACCUUGGAAUUCUUAUUCAUUUGUAUUUUAAGUAGCCAAGUUUAUUUCAUCAUUAUUGUGUAGUUUGACUACCUGUAUUCAUAAGGUGUACUUGCAUGCCACUUUGAUGAGUACUACAAGGUUAGCAAGUACCCAGCAGGAAUUAAAAGGCUUGUUUUUUAUCAAAAGGGGUCAGUGACCAUGGACUGCUUCAUUGUUUAUGAAAAAUAAAGUAAAUUUGCAUCAAAUAAAAGUAAAUACGAGUAUCUAGUGGCUUUCCAAGCAAGCAUAAAGUGGGAUUUGGAGAAUCGAGUCUGAAGGUAGAUGUCAAGCAAGUUUCUUAAAACAAAAAUUGGAUAUGUAAAUUGGAUAUGCCUUCUUGCUACCAGGAAAUCUAUUCAGCUACCAGGAAAGCUCAGUCCUAUAGGAUACAUAUAUAGUUAAUGUCUUAAGAGAAAAGGCUGAGCUACCUAAUCUUUGAGAAAAUUUAAAAAAACCCCAAAAUUUUAAAAGGCAGAAAAGAAAUCAGAAGGAAAAAAAAGAAAAGGGGGAAAAAAAGGAAAAAUAAGAAAAACCUUACUGUUAUAAUCCAUUAAUAAAAUUAAAUUAGUUUUCAUGGGUUUGUCUUACUGGUAAAAUAUUUAGGGGCACAAAAAAUGUUUCAUAAACACAAUGAGAUUUCCUCUCAUGCAAAAUCCUUGUCCUUUCUUCAAGGAUCUGGCAAGAAAACUGAGUUUUUUACUUGAAUUUUACUUUUCAAAGUAAAAGACAGAAUCUUCCAAAAGUAAAGCUGUCAUUAAUUACUGUUGUCAAAAUGACACAUCUCAAUUUUACACAAUUGUUUAAUUAGACUUCACUCUUUCUUCCUUCUCAUUUUGAAUGGUACUUGUUAUUCUGUGAACUCUGUUUUCACAGUUCCAUGAAAACAAAACAUAAAAUCAAUUAUGUUGAAGUUUAUGUAGGCUUAAUAUUAGGAAAAAAAGCAAAGUGCCUAGUCCUGCUGUCGAUAAAAUGUAUUUAUGUAGUUCUCCAUGUAGCACUUUGAAUAAGGAAACUGACAGCAAUCUCAAUCUGAGAAGAGGAAGAGCCAUAUGGCUCCAUUGUAUGGGUGGCUAGUUUUAUAAUAACUUAAAAAAAUACUUACAUGACUCUUAAACAGAUUCAGAUUACCACAUGUAGAUGGGCAAAGUAGCCAUGCACAGUGCUGGGGAGUUCCAUUUUUUUAUCCAUGUACUGCCCAGUUAGGAAAGCAUGCCAAGGCUUGCAGUUUAUCAAGAAAGAGGAGAAAUGUCUCGCCCAAGGAAUCUCUAGGUUCAGCAGGAGGUUCUCAUGGUUUGUGUGGUUACUUGAGGUUAGACUACAUAAUUAGUUCAUACAUGUAAUCUUUAGUGCCUCUUAUAAGAAUGCCCUUGAAGGCAACCUCAGGCAGAACAGGACAGUGGAUGGUGAUGUGCCACACUGCUAUUUCUAGAUGCUAGAAAAGGUUUUAAAUUCACAUUUUGGUGACUAUAUGUGUGUGUGCAUGUGCCUAGCACAUAGUAUCCAUAUGAAUACUAGAUCUCUGAAAGGUUCUUAAAUUACUUGCUUGGGCAUUGCUACUUCCUUUUGUUACUGAGCUGUCUAUAUGAAUUGAAAGUGAGAAAAUAGUACAGUAUCUAGCUUCAUUAUAAACCCUUCCUGAUUGAUGACUUGCCUUCUCUUGGGACCCAGCAUUAUAGCAGAAACCAACUGGUGUAAUCUGCAGCUAAAACUACUUGUUGGAGUUCUGUGUCUUUUCUAGGGAAAUGUAUUUUUCAUUAAUACUAAUGUUCAGGCUCAGGGAAAAAAUGUAUUAAGGAAGUGUGUUAUACACAGAACUUUAGGCUAUUGCUCUUCUUGAUGAUACUAAUCUGUUUUCCUACAGAGAAUCAUGUGAAUUGUUACCUAUCAUUGCAUCCCCACGUUCAUCUCUUAAUGCUUAUGGGUGUGUUACAAACCACUUAAAAGAAAUUCACUGCCCAGACUAGGCAGUUUCCUCUGUUACAACAAUAUAUUUUUACCAUUGUGUCUUUUCAUUUGAUAAGUGCUAAUAGAGAGAUUCUUACCUAGUGCUUUUAAAAUGCUUCCUGAUCUACACAGACAGGAAAAGUAAACAACAGUUAAGAAAUUGCUCUGAUAGAUAGACCAGUCUCUCAGGAGGCAUUCAUAACAUCGACACCAACGCUGAGUUAUUCUCUCUCAGGAGCACCAUUAGCAGUCAUUUUAUCACCACCAAGUGUGUAUGUAAUUCUGUAACAUCAGUACCAAGGCUGGGCAGUUCUCCUUGUCAGAGGUUAAACUGUAGGCGAAACCACUUCACUGUUGAAAAGAAAGUAGAAACCAGCCUAAAGUGCUAAACUUGCAGUUCAAAGUCUCAUUAAUAUGGACAUUUACAGAUAACAGAAUUAAACUGUGAACACUAGGGAGUAGUGUACUAACUUAUUUUUAAUUGUAUACAAAGGGGCAGCUUGUGUCUUAUUUUUUGGUUUGAUUAAUAGUUUAUAUUGGUUUGAGUCUGUUUUAAUCCUGAGUUGGCCACAAAAGUAAUAGUUUUGAGGACACAGUGUCACUACAGAUGUAAGUUGGAUGUGAACUAUGAGCAGGAUGCUAUUUGAAGACAAAUCUAAUCUUUGUAAGAGUAAAUAAGUAAAUAGUAUUCAGACAUUGGCACAGAUUUUUCAUUCACGACAUUUGUGAAACUUACUGGAAAGCCAUAUGACAUUAUGGUUUGUUAAAAAGGAUGUGAAAAAUCAAAAAGAUGUACAGAAAAAGGUUCUUAAAAUUAGGGAAAAUGUACUAAUACUGAAACACAAAAUAAAUUCUUAGCUAUUGAUUCAGUCAAGAGAGGACUGAGAAGUAACUUGACUACAGCCUUCAGGUACCUACAGGCAAAAAGGAUUUUUGACAGUUAAGAGCUCUCUAAUUCAGGAGUAAGGAAUGUGUAAUUAGCUGGAGCCAAGAAUUCCAGUCUGUUCCCCCCUCACCAAAUUAACAGUGAGAGCUUUAAACCAUUGGAGCAAUCUCUGUCGGUCAGAAAGCUAUCCAGCAUCUCAUACAGAAGCUACAGAGGUUGAUAUUUUGGGACCAUGCAGGAUGUUAGACUAGACAAUAAUGUAUAACUUUUUCUGCCCUUAAUAUCUAUUUCUGAAUUUAAGAAUCUAAAUCAAUAAAAAUUAAAAAGGUCAACAGAACCUGGCCCUCAGACACAUAUAUUUUAUCAUUUAAUUGCACUUCCAUUUGAGGAUUAUAAUUCAGUUCUCUUAUGAAUUCAUCGCAGAAACUUUUCUGCAGGAUCCCAGAAAUAGAGUCUGUCUUAUUCUCAUGAUUAAACUUUCAACCAAAUAAAAGCUCUUCAGCUUGUGACUCUGCAUUAGCAUGUGAAAAAUUUAAAUAAACAUUGUUUUAGCUUCUUUUGUUAUGAGCGAACACAGCAAUGAUACAGCACACAAAGUGUUAAUAUUUGUUAUAGCCCUUGAGCUAUACAAUUGUGUAGUUUUGUUUUGAUCAUGCUUGAUAUGCUGUGUCUUGACUAGGUCUUCUUUCAUUCUAUUUCUACAGGUUAGUGAGACUUUAAUCAAGAAAAAAAAAAUCUAAUGAACAGCAAUUGGAAACACAGCACUUGGAAAGGUCAAAAUGGUACAUUACAUCCUUAUUAUCCAAAAGAACAGAUGAGUUUAAUAUCCUGGCAGCAUUUUCCUGUGAAGAAGAUAUUAAACAAGAACUGAAAAUGGCAUGAGGUUCCCUCUUCCUUUCCUAUGACUAAGAUUGUAACAAGGUGAUGAAACUAUACAGAAUAAAUCUCUUUCUGCUUUAAUGGUCAAGCUGUGGAUUCUGUCUAGAUUUCAAAAACCUAAGCCAGCCAAGGAGUCAACACAUGCUGUUUGGUUCAGGAUAUUUACAACAUGCUUUCCUGCUUGUAUGACCCAUUUUCCAUUAAUAUUUUCUAGUCUUAAACAUGAGAAGAUAUGUUAAGAGAAGGUACACAGUACAAUAAGUUUUGCCACAUACAUGAACUGCAACAAAAAAUGCACUGCAUCUGCACGGCUGAAAAAGUAGGUUUUUCAGCUUCUGUUUGAAUAAUCAAACAGCAAAGAUAAUGUAUUCCAACACACAACACAUUGCAUGUAUCCUGCUUUGGAAAGUCCCUGAAGGUAUGGAACUAUUUGAAGGCAAAGGAAUUUGUAGUAUAUCCCAUAGGUUAUUAACAAUUCGAUUAAUAUAAGAACUGUCAGAAUAUGCUAGCUUAAAUCACUAUCUGCAUGAAGACUCUUCUUUUUAUAUGUAUAAGGGGAGAAAACACCUUCUGGAACUGAGUGUUGUAUUUUAAUGCUAAAAAACAUCACCAGGGUCCUCAUGUAAAAUGUUAUUAUAGCAACAGAACAAAUCCUGUGCUUAAGAAUAAAAAAAAAUUAGUAUAA